AUGAGGGGAAACAAGAAUUACUACUUUCUGAGUCUCCUCUAUUUUCUAAGUCUACCCAUCCUUCAUUUUAGCUCUUGUACACACAAAUGUGGAGAUAUCCAGAUCCCGUUCCCCUUUGGAAUCGGAGAAAUAGGUUGCUAUCUCGACGAGUGGUACCAAGUCGAAUGUCGACCAAGUGCUACUUCUGGGAAAGUUUUCCCCUUCCUUCCCAAAAUCAACAUGGAGGUUGUGAAUAUUUCCCUUCCGGGGACCAAUGAUGAUAUCUUUUAUACUUAUCCGUCAUUCUCUUCAAUUCGUGUCAAAAGCCCGGUUGCAUCCAUGGGAUGUUCUACCGAUGGAAACGAUUCUGGAUUGACUUUGAAUUUUACGGAGACUCCUUUUUUCUUUGGGGACCAAAACAACCUCGUGGCUGUCGGUUGCAAUAACAAGGCGUCGCUGACAAAUGUAGAACCAACGAUGGUGGGAUGCGAGUCGACUUGCACUACAAGCAACAAUUCGCGGAGCAUCCCUUUUUUCAACAAAGUUGGAUGCUCUGGGUCCGUCGACAGCGUCACUCGAGACCUCUUGCCUAAAAACUACAUACCGGUUUGCAGUACAACGAAAAUACAGGACGACACAUUAAUCUGCAACGGGGAGGGAUGCUGCCAGGCAAAAGCACCUGUUGGCUCUCAACAACUCAUUGGUGUCACAAUAACGAACUCUACUAAUGGAAACCUUACAAAGGGAGGAGGAUGCAAAGUUGCCUUUUUAACAGAUGAAGUCUACACUUUAUCGAAUGCAACCGAUCCUGAACAGUUUUUUUCUAAGGGCGUUACUGUUAGCCUAGGAUGGUUCAUUCAAACGAAAAACCAUUCGUUUUUACAGUCAUUGGACUGCCAAAACAGAGGAGAAUUGGAUAAAGGUAAAAAAAGAACAAGACAAUGCACAUGCGAUAAUCAUAUAGCUUCCGGGAUGGGUUACGCAAGUUGUGCAUGUGCUAGCGGUUACAAGGGCAAUCCAUACGUUUCAGACGACUGCCAAGAUAUUAAUGAGUGUACCGAAUAUAAGAACCCCUGUGGGGAUACCAGAAUUUUAUAUCGCAAUACUUGUAUUAAUACAUCGGGAGGUCAUCGUUGCAUAGACUACCACAUUCCAGAAGUAAUGCUAGGAUUAGGUGCAGGUUUUUUUGUCUUAAUCGUAGGGGGUGGUAUAUGGUGGUGGAGAAAACUUCUUAGAAAAAGGAGGAUGACAAACCGCAAGAGGAAAUUCUUCAAACGUAAUGGAGGACUAUUGUUGCAGCAACAGUUAAAUACAACUCAAGGCAGAGUUGAAAAAACAAAAUUAUUUAGCUCAAGAGAGCUGGAGAAAGCCACUGAUAACUUCAACGAUAAUAGGGUUAUUGGACAAGGCGGUCAAGGAACUGUGUACAAAGGUAUGCUCGUAGAUGGUAGAUCCGUAGCAGUCAAGAAAUCCAAUGUUGUAGAUGAAGACAAACUACAAGAGUUCAUCAACGAAGUCAUUAUUCUCUCUCAGAUCAACCAUAGACACGUCGUGAAGCUUUUGGGAUGUUGCCUUGAGACAGAAGUUCCUAUUCUGGUGUACGAGUUCAUCCCCAACGGAAACCUCUUUCAACAUCUCCAUGAAGAAUUUGACGACUACACAGCCUUAUGGGGUGUACGUAUGCGCAUUGCUGUAGAUAUCUCGGGAGCUUUUUCGUAUCUACAUACUGCUGCAUGUUCUCCAAUUUAUCACAGAGAUAUCAAGUCAACAAACAUAUUACUCGAUGAGAAAUACCGGGCCAAAGUAUCUGAUUUUGGAACUUCAAGAUCAGUUUCCAUAGAUCAUACUCAUUGGACAACUGUAAUAUCGGGUACAGUCGGGUAUGUGGAUCCAGAAUACUACGGUUCUAGCCACUUUACUGAGAAAAGUGAUGUUUAUAGUUUCGGGGUUGUCCUAGUAGAGCUUAUUACAGGAGAGAAGCCUGUUAUAACCCUUUCAGAGACUCAAGAAAUAACAGGGUUGGCAGAUUAUUUCAGACUUGCAAUGAGAGAGAACCGACUCUUUGAGAUCAUCGAUGCUCGAAUAAGAAAUGAUUGCAAGCUGGAACAGGUCAUUGCAGUGGCAAAUCUGGCAUUGAGGUGUCUGAAGAAAACAGGGAAGACUCGGCCAGAUAUGAGAGAAGUUUCUACAGCUUUGGAGAGGAUUUGUUCAGCUCCAGAGGAUUUUCAGGUGCAAAUUCAAAUUGAUGAAGAAGAUGAAACCACGAAGUUAUUUAGAGGCUAUUCUGGAAGCACGGAGAUUGCAAGAUCAAUGUGA